UAUGACAAUGUGGUAUGGAGUUCUGACUAUUAAAGCAAAGCAAAAAUUGAGUGGUUCAUGUAGCUAGUGCAAUUGUAGUUAAGACACAAAGGAAACUGGAUAAUAUAUAUUUAUCAAAAGUUCAACAAAAAGCAUUGGUUAUUAGAGGUUUCCUCUCAUCCAUUACAUUCUCAAUUUCAGUUGUUACAAUCAAGGAGACAUUUUAGACAACCUCCAGCCAGUAAAAAUGUGUAUUAUAUGAAGUUUUUUUUUUUUUUUUGCAAACUUUUAAAUGUUGAGACACGGAAAUGAGUAGGUGUGGACAUGGAUGCAUAUAUUUUAUAUGUACACAUGGGAAUGCCAUUGUUUUAUAUCUUUCUUUCUUUUCUUUUCUUAUAUAUAUAUAUAUAUAUAUAUAUAUAUAUAUAUAUAUAUAUAUAAUGUUGUGUUGGUGUCCUUGUGUAUGGUGUAUAGUGAAGCCAAAGGCAAAUUUCCACUUGGGGACAAGUCUAAAGUCUGUACUGCAUAACCCGAUCACCAAAAGGGGGUGGGUUUUGGAGACAUAUGUGUUGGAGGGAAGUUCAGUGAUUGGCUUGAAAUCUUAACAGACUGUCAACCAAUGAGCGACGAGAACGUUCGCUUAAAGGCAGUACAUUGAAACCAAUGUUUUCCAUUCUUUCAGCGUCAUUUGAAGAAGUAGCUGUAAUCAACAGUAAAAAUGAGUGGAAGAGGUAAAACCGGAGGCAAAGCGAGAGCCAAGGCAAAGACUCGCUCAUCCAGGGCAGGACUGCAGUUCCCCGUCGGCCGUGUUCACAGGCUUCUCCGCAAAGGCAAUUAUGCUGAGCGCGUCGGUGCUGGUGCUCCUGUUUAUCUGGCGGCUGUGCUCGAGUAUCUUACCGCUGAGAUCUUGGAGUUGGCUGGAAAUGCCGCUCGGGACAACAAGAAAACCCGUAUCAUCCCCCGUCAUCUGCAGCUGGCGGUGCGCAACGACGAAGAGUUGAACAAACUUUUGGGCGGAGUGACCAUCGCUCAGGGCGGUGUGCUGCCCAACAUCCAGGCUGUGCUGCUGCCCAAGAAAACCGAGAAACCCGCCAAAUCCAAAUAAGCGGUCACAAGUCUAUCUUAUUGAAACCCAAAGGCUCUUUUAAGAGCCACC